AUGGCCCCCAUCCACCAGAUCGACCACCGCUUCUAUUCUCAUAUCCUCGAACUCAUCAUCUCCUUCCUCCCGUAUCCAUCGCUCCUGACCUUCCGCGCCAUCGCCAGGUCCUAUCGCGACAAAAUCGACAAGAACCUGUUUCGGCACAUCCGGAUCCAGGCGAUCGACCACACCCGUGCGGUCCAGCAAGCGUUUGCGCCGUUUUCCCAUCUCCCCCUCGUCCCUCCUAGUGGAUUCACACCCGCAGGACCAAAGUCGACAUGGUCGACAGAGCAGAACUGUCUGUACACACUGGCAAAUGACUCUGCUCAACGCAAACUCCGCCUCACGAGUGCCGUUGAUGUCAUUGAGUGGUGUCGCAUUAACUCUUGCCCGGACCUGGAAUACUUCGCCCAUCAUCUGCAACAGGUGCCUAUACAACGUGCACGCCACGGGACCAUGAGGGCGUCCUUCAUCGAGUCUCGCGCUACCGCGGAGUGGGUCGAUGUUUCCCCCCCGGCCUCCGGUGCAUGGACGGCGCUUCGGCUGGACCUUCCUAAGAACAAUCAAGCCCCCUUCGUCCUGCACCUAUUGAUCAACACGGCUCCGGCGUCGAGGCUCCAAAGGUAUAAACAAAUCUUCUUGUGCGGCAGAGACGAAAACGUACCCUAUACACACUUUGUCGUUGUCUUUGAGCCAUACUUCGACUCCAGUGUCGACCCUCCGGGGGUGGGAGGACAACGGCGCGAGUUGUCAUUCCUCGAGUUUAUUUUCGAUCGCAUUUCGCUCUUUCUCCUUGGCGAUACCCAAGUCACAUUCGUUGGGCUUGAGCAAGUUGACCCUUAUAUUCUCGGUUUCGACUUGGCUCCCGGGAUCGAAGCCGUCGCCAGCAUCAAGGAGGCCAUCAUGGACAAUGUCAGGAGCUCGCUUGCGACGGUGCCUCGAAAGCACAAGAAGACCCGCGAGAAGGCUCUGACGCGUGUUUCUUUUAUGACGCGUGCCGAGUGGGACGCUCAGCCCAAGACACUCCUCGACGAAAGGAUCCCAUAG